CGGUAACGACGCAGAUGAAGUUCUGAGGCAGAGCGGACGUAAACUGGAGCGUUUUAUAAAAUAAUAAUUAAAUAAAUAUAUAAAUAAAAAAAACCCGAACUAAGAAAAUACAGACGAGCCUGGAUAACCGCACUGACCAUGGCUGGCCUUAAAGCGUAGAAAUAAAAACAUCUCUUGCCUGUGAAAAGUUAAUCAGAUGGUCGUUUAGGGCCAUUCCAGUCUACCUCUUUUAUAAUAAAAUGCCUUUGCAGCCUCUUCCCAUUGCCACAGUGACCAUCGGCCCCCAGUCUUGGCGUAAUGAGUCACUUCGUGCAAUCCAGUUAGCUAAUACACUGGUCCAAAAAUCUGAAUCCCCAACUAAGGUGAAGACUAAAACUAAUAGAAAUUAUAGAAGUCAAAGUUGUGACACAUUUAUCAAACCGCUGGAGAAGGGGACCAUUGCAGAUGAAGCUCAACAUGCAUUGGGACAAGAAAAUGAAUAUCAAAGGCCAUGUACAGCACCGCAAGAGCAUCUACAGACCUCCCAAAAAAUAUGCUGGCCCUUACCUUUCUUAAGAGUGUUUUGUGCAGAUGAGAGUAACCAUAUAGCAUUAGCCUAUAUGCGAGAUGUACGGCUUGUGGUUUCAGAGCUGCGCCAGUUAACAGCUUGUGUGAAUGAAGAAGUAAAGAGGCUGAUUCGGGGAAGAGAAUCCCUAGAGAAAGCACUGGCCUGUCUCCGCAAGGAUAUUCUUAUGAAUCAACAGAGUAUCUACAUGCGUACUUUUCGUCCAGCUAUCAAUGAAAAGGAGCAUGAUGGUGCAGACACCUUAUUAGACAUGGAAAGGAAGCAGUUGUCUUAUCUUAAGUUUGAGUUGGAAGCAGUGCUUAAAGAAACAAAAGACCAACAACAGACUCUAUGUGCUUGUCGCAAGAAUCUUUUGACCUGUGUGUCAGAACGAAGCAGGGUUCUGGACCUUAUUCCAAAUGCAGUACUAGAUACAUCCACUAGCGUUUCACUAAAUAAAGAUAUCAAGCCCAACCCCAUUGGGCCCUUUACACCAGAGUGCAAGGAAGUGAUUGAAGCAGCCCAGUUUGCUUGUGCUCAGUCCAGAGAGCUUCGCCAAAAAAUCACACAAAGUGUUGCAAGUGCAAAACGUCACCAGCAAGCCGCUGAUAAGUCUGUCAAUGAUGGUGUCACCCAGAAGGUUGCAGAGACUGUUGGCUUAAUGCAACGCCUGAAUAUAGGCUCUGGUCAAACACGAAAUGCCAUCCACCGAGUAAAGCGCUGGUAUGAUGAAACAGAGCUGUUCAAGGAACAGGCCCUUGGUCCCACACAUAGCAGUGACUUCCUCUCCAGAGAGAAGCUGGACCGACCACUGGUUCAAGUGUAUCAGCGACAUCCAGGAACUCAGCUGCCUGAAGCUGCAGCUGUGAUACAGGGAUGUGUUGGUUUCCAGAGGGCCAUGGAUACCAAUAACCGGGACAUAGGACAUUUGAACUUGGCAUAUAAUCAACUAGAAGAUGAUUUCCAGAGGAAAAAGGUAGCCAGCAAAAUUGAUUCUGCAGUGGUCAGAAUGCGACGACGCUACUCCAACCACCGCUGGAUUCAUACUGAUGUAAAAGCAGGAGAUGUGCCUUGUCCCUGGCGUUAAUUAGAAAUUUCAUAAAAUUAAGGAUUAAAAUGAAGAUACAUAUAUUUUUUCACCAAAUGCAAUCAAAAAUAAACUUCAUGAACAUUUUCAUGUAGCCAUCCCAGGUGUGUAACAUAUAGAAUAAUAUCCAUUAAGGUUUUGGAGACUUCAUGGCAUGUGGAAGUUAUUUCUACCAACAAACUACCAAUAUAAUUCUUCAUUAAAUUAAUCUUUUUACCCUUGCAGAAAAUCUUGUUUUUUUUUGCCCACAUUAAUAUUUGUAGUCAUGUUGUAUGGUGCACUGUAGAAUAAAGUGAAAAAUGUGCCAAAGGCAAGUAACAAUCAUGAUACAGUAUAGAUCCCCAGUCCCCAUCACUUUCUGAUUAUACCCAACAUCUCUACUUUGAGAGGGCCUUAAUUUCAGACACAUGCAAUACAAAAUGAAAUGCCGAGUGACAGGAGACACCAAAGAACUCCAUAUGGCCAUGAAUAUAGUACAAUACAUAUCCCCUUAAUAAAACUGAACAUAUAUCAAAGAAUGGGGCCUAAUCAUUAAUUACGAUUUUCACCUUUUUAGGAAUCUUAUAAAAAUUGAACUAUGGAAACUUGUCUUCUAAUGACAGAUUGAAAAUGAUGCAGAUCAUAUUUUUGAUAUUCUUCUUUGUGUAAAAUUUAGGUAUUAGUGAGAUAUAAUUAUGUUUGGUUGUCCUUGGUUA